AUGGAAACAAUGAUUGCAAAGAACAAGAAUAAUGAUUAUUGGCAUCAAUUGGAUCUCAUAUACAAACAGAUCAAUGGAUUAGAAGAAGGAUACAAAGUAUGGAAAGUCGAGAAUAACAUUAAAAAUACAACCGAAAGAAAGUAUUUGAGUGAAAUUUUGUGGCUUAAUAUUGCAUAUGAAUUAUCAGGUUUAGAGGACAUCUUAACCCCGGAAUCAAAGGCUCCUUAUCGGGACCAUUGCUCGGCAAUUGUCAAACCCCUGGCCGAUGGGAGCGACCUAUUAGUAGCGCACAAUACUUGGGAAACAUUUGAUGCAAUGCUAAGAAUUAUGAAGAAAUAUAGCUUUGCUUUCAAUACAUUGCAAUCAAAUCAUACGAAACGAAUUGCUGGACAUUCCGUAUCCUUCUCUUCAUCGCCGGGUAUUAUCUUCUCAGGCGAUGACUACUAUGUCUUGUCCUCUGGUCUUGUAGUGCAGGAGACGACCAAUGAAAACAAUAAUCAAUCCCUAUAUCAACACAUAAAAGCAGAUAAUAUACUCUUUGAGUUCAUCCGCAAUGUUGUGUCCAAUCGUUUGGCCGAAUCGGGCAAAGAGUGGACACAACUGUUUGGUCCGUAUAAUAGCGGGACUUAUAAUAACCAGUUUAUGAUCGUUGACUACAAGCUCUUCAAAAAGGGGACAAAAGUGUCUGAAUUGGCCGACAAUUUACUUUGGAUUGUGGAACAGAUGCCGGAUAUCAUACUCUCGGCUGAUGUGACUCCUAUACUCAGAGCACAGGGCUAUUGGGCCUCUUAUAAUAUCCCCUAUUUUCAAGAUAUCUACAAAAAGAGUGGUACCGAAGAACAGUCACAUAAAUACGGACCCUAUUAUAGCUACAACUCGACGGCUCGAGCGCUGAUCUUCAAGAGAGAUGAGUCGAAAGUAACUGAUUUGAAGACAUUGUAUUCACUGAUGCGUUACAAUGACUUCAAAAAGGAUCCGUUGUCUGAAUGUAAGGUAUAUAACAAGGAAUGCAUUCCUCCGUAUUCUGCGGACCUAACCAUUGCUGCCAGAAAUGACUUGAAUGAAGCAAAAGGCAGUUAUCCUAUCUAUGACUGGUCUCAUAGACCCGAGGGGGCCAUCGAUGCAAAGAUGACAAACGCAUCGAUGGUUAAGGAUCUGGAGAUGUUAGCCGUCAGUGGACCAACUGAUACACAACAGCCCCCAUUCCGGUGGUCGACCAGUGACUUUGAUUUGGACCACUACGGUCACCCGGAUCUAUUUAAUUUCAAACCAGUUUAUGUCAAGUGGUUUCCAAAAAGUUUUCAAACCGCGGAUGACGUAUAA